UUUACCUCUAAAAUUUUAAAGUAGUUUUUAGGCUCUAAACAUAGCACCAAUCAUCUCUCUUCUUAAAAUCCUAUCUAGCUAUUCUCCGACCAACAUGCACUCACCGGAUUCAAUCUUCGAGAUUUACAGACGUUACUGUGAUAUUAGAUCUGUAAAAUCAUGCCAAGUCAAUGAACCAGAUGAAACACGCAAGGGUAAAUCUUCAAGGGAUUCUUUAGCUCAGCUUUUGAAAUUUGUGGACUUAAAGUUUCAUUCAAGAAUUAAAAUUUUUGAUGAACUUCUCAAGCUCAUGUCAAAGCUAGAACUUAUGGCGGAUUUCUCUGAAUUCUCUCGUUUCUAUGAUUUUGUAUUCUUCAUGUGCCGUGAAAAUGGUCAAAGGAAUAUCACUGUAAACAAGGCUGUUUCCGCCUGGAAAUUAGUUUUAGCUGGGAGGUUUCGGUUGCUAAACCAAUGGUGUGACUUUCAAGAAAAUCAACGACACAAUAUAUCUGAGGAUACAUGGCAGCAAGUUUUAGCUUUUAGCCGGUGUGUACAUGAAAAUCUUGAAGGGUAUGAUCCUGAAGGUGCUUGGCCUGUCCUAAUUGAUGACUUUGUUGAGCACAUGUACAGGAUAUUGGGGUCAAACAAGGAACCAAACUUUUUCUGUAACUGUGGUGAUUCAGAGUCUCGACCAUGCACAUUCGAAGACCCUCUUCCUGGAUUGAAGGUGGCUCCUGGUUUGAAGAGGAAGUUGCCUAGCUUUCAAGAUGAGGAAAUGGACUCCUCAGAUGCCCUCUUCCCUGAUUCCACCAGGCCAAAUCAUAUACUAAAUUCAAAGACAAGUAGGCUGCUUGAUUACAGACAUUGAACCUGCAGGAUAACCCAGCCAUUGACUGCAUGGAGAUCAAUAAGCAGAACAAUUCAAUGGGGUCCACCAAAUCUCCAUGUGCAGUUGAAGGAUGCUUGUCGAGGGGCUUUGCAGUGUUAUUCUCAACUCGUUCGUGUCUACAACUUGAUCGGGAGAGGAGAGUCUCGUACACAGAGAGCUUCCACCUGAGUUACAAAAACAGAAAAGUUGUUCCUUCGCAGUCUACUAUAGCUCUGCAGGAAUUUUAUUGAUUUGAUGAUCCAUGUUACAUCAGUCUUCUGCUCUAAUUAUAUAGAAGUAACAAAAAUAUUCGUUAGAUUGUUUGAUUUCAUAAUCUUUUCAGAAAAAAGAAGGAUUUUCUGCUUCA